AUGGGACACCUUAUGGCUCUGAAAGAACGACAGAGCAGCACCGAUGAGAUGUUUGAGCCCUUAAAGCAGACAAUUGAAUUGCUGAAGACCUAUGAACAGGAAUUGCCCGAAAUGGUGUUUAAGCAGCUGGAGGAGCUGCCUGAGAAGUGGAACAACGUGAAAAAGAUGGCUGUCACCAUGAGGCAGCAGGUAGCGCCCCUGCAGGUGAAUGAAGUGGCCGUCCUCCGCCAGAGGUGCUCAGCCUUUGACCUUGAGCAACAGCAGUUCUGGGAGCAGUUCCGCAGGGAAGCCCCCUUCAGGUUUGAUAGCAUUGACCCUCACCGAGUUCUGGAUGCCAGGCACACGGAGAUACAGCAGAUGGAAUCUACCAUGGCCUCCAUUUCUGAGGCUGCUGGCUUGUUUGAAGUCAGUGUUCCUGAUUACAAGCAGCUGAAGCAAAGCAGAAAGGAGGUGUGCCAGCUGAAGGAGCUCUGGGACACCAUUGGGGUGGUGACCUCCAGCAUCCAUGCCUGGGAGACCACCCGGUGGAAGGAGGUCAACGUGGAGGCUCUGGACUGGGAGUGUAAACGGUUUGCCAGGCACAUCCGGAACCUCGACAAGGAGGUCAGGGCCUGGGAUGCAUUCACAGGCCUGGAGAACAUGGUGUUGAACACCCUGACUUCCCUGAGGGCGGUGGCCGAGCUGCAGAACCCAGCUAUCCGGGAGCGGCACUGGAGACAGCUGAUGCAGGCCACGGGUGCGAGCUUCACCAUGGACGAGGAUGCCACCCUGGCCCAUCUCCUGCAGCUCCAGCUGCACCAUUUUGAGGAUGAGGUCCGGGGCAUUGUGGACAAAGCCGUGAAAGAGAUGGCCAUGGAGAAGACCUUGAAGGAGCUGCAGACCACCUGGGCCAGCAGGGAAUUCCAGUACGAGCCCCACCCGCGGACCAACGUCCCCCAGCUGCAGUCAGACGAGGACCUCAUCGAGGUUCUGGAGGACAACCAAGUCCAACUGCAGAACCUGAUGAUGUCCAAGUACAUUGCCUUCUUCCUGGAGGACGUGUCUGGCUGGCAGAAGAAGCUGUCCAUGGCUGAUGCUGUCAUCUCUGCCUGGUUCCAUGUGCAGCGCACGUGGUCUCACCUGGAAAGUAUAUUCAUUGGCUCCGAGGAUAUCCGGGCUCAGCUGCCCCAGGAUUCUAAAAGAUUCGAAGGCAUUGACAUUGACUUUAAAGAGCUAGCUUAUGCCGCCCAGAAGACUCCCAAUGUAGUGGAAGCCACCAACAAACCAGGUCUUUACGAAAAACUGGAAGAUCUUCAGAGCAGGUUAUACCUGUGUGAGAAGGCCCUGGCCGAGUACCUGGAUACCAAAAGGCUUGCCUUCCCUCGGUUUUACUUUCUGUCCUCUUCUGACCUGUUAGACGCCCUUUCCAAUGGCACAGCACCGCAACAGGUCCAACGCCAUCUUUCCAAACUCUUUGACAAUAUGGCGAAGAUGCAGUUCCAACCGGAUGCUGGUGAGCCACCAACCAAGAUAAGUCUCGGCAUGUACAGCAAGGAAGGAGAGUAUGUGGCCUUCAGUGAGCCCUGUGACUGCAGCGGUCGGGUGGAAAUAUGGUUGAACCGUGUGCUUGCUCAUAUGAGGGCCACAGUGAGGCACGGGAUGACAGAAGGUGUAGUUGCCUAUGAAGAAAAGCCGAGGGAACAGUGGCUCUUUGACUAUCCAGCUCAGGUGGCCCUGACCUGCACUCAGAUCUGGUGGACCACAGAGGUGGGCAUUGCAUUUGCCAGGCUGGAGGAAGGCUACGAGAAUGCCAUGAAGGACUAUUACAAGAAGCAAGUGGCCCAGCUCAAAACCCUCAUCACCAUGCUAAUCGGCCAUCUCUCCAAAGGGGACCGGCAGAAGAUCAUGACCAUAUGCACCAUUGAUGUGCAUGCCCGGGAUGUGGUGGCCAAGAUGAUUGCUCAGAAGGUGGACAGUGCUCAGGCCUUCCUCUGGCUGUCCCAGCUGCGGCAUCGUUGGGAUGAUGAGGCCAAACACUGCUUCGCCAACAUCUGUGAUGCCCAGUUUCUCUAUUCCUACGAGUACCUGGGAAACACGCCUCGCCUGGUGAUCACGCCUCUGACGGACAGAUGCUACAUCACCCUCACCCAGUCUCUGCACCUGACCAUGAGUGGAGCCCCAGCAGGACCUGCAGGCACAGGCAAGACAGAGACCACCAAGGACCUGGGCCGAGCACUGGGCAUCAUGGUGUAUGUGUUCAACUGCUCAGAGCAGAUGGACUACAAGUCUUGCGGCAACAUCUACAAAGGCCUCGCUCAGACCGGUGCCUGGGGCUGUUUUGAUGAGUUUAACCGAAUCUCGGUAGAGGUCUUGUCGGUGGUGGCCGUGCAGGUCAAAAGCAUUCAAGAUGCAAUCCGAGACAGGAAGCAGCGGUUCAACUUCCUUGGGGAGGAGAUUAGCCUGGAUCCUUCUGUGGGAAUCUUCAUCACCAUGAACCCGGGCUACGCUGGCCGCACAGAACUUCCGGAGAACCUCAAGGCUCUCUUCAGGCCUUGUGCAAUGGUGGUUCCAGACUUUGAGCUGAUUUGCGAGAUCAUGCUGGUGGCAGAAGGAUUCAUUGAAGCGCGGUCAUUAGCCCGAAAGUUCAUCACCCUUUACCAGUUGUGCAAAGAGCUGCUGUCUAAACAGGAUCACUAUGACUGGGGCCUGCGGGCCAUCAAGUCUGUGCUGGUGGUGGCCGGAUCCCUGAAGCGAGGGGACCCUGACCGCCCCGAGGACCAAGUCCUGAUGCGCUCCUUGCGAGAUUUCAACAUCCCCAAGAUCGUGACUGACGACAUACCAGUGUUCCUGGGCCUGAUCGGGGACCUCUUUCCUGCCCUGGAUGUCCCCCGGAGGAGAGAUCUCAACUUCGAAGCGUUGGUUCGGAAGGCAGUAGUGGAUCUGAAGCUCCAGGCUGAGGACAACUUUGUGCUCAAGGUGGUCCAGCUGGAGGAGCUCCUGGCCGUGCGACACUCCGUGUUCGUGGUGGGCAGCGCGGGCACUGGCAAGUCUCAGGUGCUGAAAUCCUUGCACAAGACCUAUCAGAUCAUGAAACGCCGCCCUGUCUGGGCUGACCUCAACCCCAAAGCAGUCACAAACGAUGAACUCUUUGGCAUCAUCAAUCCGGCCACCAGAGAAUGGAAGGAUGGACUGUUCUCUUCCAUCAUGCGGGAGCUAGCCAACAUCACCCAUGAUGGACCCAAGUGGAUCUUACUGGAUGGCGACAUAGAUCCAAUGUGGAUUGAGUCUCUGAACACUGUCAUGGAUGAUAACAAGGUGCUGACCCUGGCGAGCAACGAGAGGAUCCCCCUGAAUCCCACGAUGAGGCUGCUCUUCGAGAUCAGCCACCUGCGGACGGCCACACCAGCAACUGUCUCCAGAGCAGGAAUCCUGUACAUCAAUCCGGCAGACCUGGGGUGGAACCCUCCAGUGAGCAGCUGGAUUGACAAGAGGGAAAUGCAGACAGAGAGAGCCAACCUCACCAUUCUGUUUGACAAGUACCUCCCAACCUGCUUGGACACACUCAGAACCAGAUUUAAGAAGAUAAUUCCGAUCCCAGAGCAGAGCAUGGUCCAGAUGCUGUGCCACCUUCUCGAAUGUCUCCUGGCCGAGGAGGACAUCCCUGCGGACUGCCCCAAGGAAACCUACGAGCUGUAUUUUGUGUUUGCUGCCAUCUGGGCUUUCGGCGGAGCAAUGGUCCAGGAUCAGCUCGUGGACUACCGGGCGGAGUUCAGCAAGUGGUGGCUGACGGAGUUCAAGACGAUCAAGUUCCCCUCCCAGGGAACUAUCUUUGACUACUACAUAGACCCAGCGACCAAGAAAUUUGAGCCUUGGUCCAAGCUCAUCCCCCAGUUUGAAUUUGACCCCGAGAUACCUCUGCAGGCUUGUUUGGUGCACACGAGCGAGACCAUCCGAGUGUGCUACUUCCUGGAGCGGCUCAUGGAGCGGCGGCGGCCGGUCAUGCUGGUGGGGACCGCGGGCACAGGCAAGUCGGUGCUGGUGGGGACCAAGCUGGCCAGCCUGGACGCUGAGGAGUACCUGGUGAGGAACGUGCCGUUCAACUACUACACCACGUCGGCGAUGCUGCAAGCACCUCUGUUCCACUCCUCCAGCACUGUACUUUUCCUCAUCCUGUCUCCUGCCUUCCUCCCUGGCCUCUCAAAUCCCUCCCAGGCCAGGAGUUCAACCCAGAACGGUGUUCAGUACCUUGAUGCCAAAGAGAGCUGA